UGGCGGUCUCACUCUCAACCAACCCACUCUCACCCAACCAACACACUCUCACACACUCUCACUCACUCACUCUCACUCAACUCCAGAGCAUGAGAGACUGAACUUCUUGGCACUCCUCAUAAUAUACCACCCCCCUGACAAUAUAAAACAACCCUUCUUCCCGAAGUUCCCCUCGUCUGAACCCAGCUCGCUGAUCUGAAGCGAAAUCUUGUUGGUUGGAAUAAAAGAGAGAGAGAAAGAGAUCUCAAGCUUCGCUCGAACAUAUUAAUUUAUACACUAUGACCAUCACCCUCUCCUCACUCUUCCACAACCGAUCAACACUCGCACUAGUCACCGCAGAACCAUCAUCCUCAUCAAACGACUCACACAACAACACCCAACCUACUACUACUACUACUAGAAACAACCCAUAUCGAAAUCAGAACAACUCCCGAUUCACACUCUCCUUCAACAACCUCAUCAACCGAUCAAGAACCCAAAAACAAACCAACAACAACAACAACCAACCACUCAGCCUCAACACAACAACUGCCACCCAAACCAACAACUCAUCUCCCUCAUCUCAAUCCAGAAACCAAACCCAUCCGAGCCCACUCGAGAACUUGAUGCAGUUCUCACUCGGACCACCAAGCCCACCCACCUCACCCAUCAACCUACACCAUCCACCCCAACAACAACAACAACAACAACAAACCAACCAACAACAACAACAAUCAUCAUCCUCAGCUAUCACUGCCCCACAAAGAACCUCAUCAGCAGCAGCAGCUACCCUCCCUUCCACUAAAUCGAUCUACUUCCCAGGCUUACAGCUGCUAAGAAGCUCCCCAGUGCCCUGA